AUUGCUCCUGCGCAUGAGCAGGCGGGCAGGUUUGGCCCUGCCUGCAUGCCGUCCGGCGUGAGGGUUUGUGGGUAAGGCAAGAUGGCGGUUGUGGCGCGCUGCUGGUGGCCUUCCCGCGGUUUGUUGUCGCCGUCAAGGGCAGGCUCUGGCAUUUCUGCAUUAGCUGCGUUGCCACCUAGAUUGCAGCAGCACCGCCAAGUUCAUCAUGCACUAAUCCCUCAUGGAAGAAGCGGAAGAUCCUCUGUUAGUGGCAUCGUGGCCACUGUCUUUGGGGCUACAGGUUUCCUGGGACGAUAUGUUGUCAAUCGUUUAGGUCGCAUUGGAUCUCAAGUAAUCAUCCCGUAUCGCUGUGAUCAGUAUGAUCUCAUGUAUCUGCGACCGAUGGGUGACCUGGGGCAACUUCUCUUCUUAGAAUGGGACUGUAAGGAUAAAGACUCUAUCCGAAGAGCCGUGGAACACAGCAAUGUGGUCAUUAAUCUUGUUGGAAAGGAGUGGGAAACAAAAAACUUCAGUUUUGAAGAUGAAUUUGUAAAUAUUCCUAGAAUUAUUGCUCAGGUAACUAGGGAAGCUGGUGUGGAAACACUUGUGCACAUAUCUCACCUGAAUGCUAACAUGAAGAGUCCAUCCAAAUACCUCAGAAGUAAAGCAGUUGGAGAGAAAACAGUGAGGGAAGAAUUGCCAGAUGCUAUAAUUCUGAAGCCCUCCGAGAUGUUUGGGAGAGAGGACCGCUUUCUCAAUCAUUAUGCAAACAUGCGCUGGUUUGGUGGUGUGCCUCUUCUUUCCAUGGGAAAAAAAACAGUGAAGCAACCAAUAUAUGUGGUUGAUGUUGCAAAGGCAAUUAUUAAUGCCAUUAAGGAUCCUGAUGCUAAAGGAAAAACUUACGCCUUGGCUGGACCUAAUCGAUACCUCCUUUAUGACUUGGUAGAGUACAUCUAUGCUGUUUCCUUUCGAACCUUUUUCCCAUAUCCACUUCCACGUCCUCUUUAUCAUUUAAUUGCAAGAUGCUUUGAGAUUAAUCCAUUUGAACCAUGGUUAACACGAGACAAAGUGGAUCGGUUUCACACAACUGAUAUGACAUUUCCUGAUCUUCCUGGUCUGGAGGACCUGGGUAUUCAACCAACACCUCUAGAACAAAAAGCAAUUGAAGUUCUGCGCCGUCACCGCAGAUACCGCUGGUUGGAGGCUGAGCUGGAGGAAGCAAAACCAGCAAAGACAUAUUCCAUGUAACAGUUGCCAAGGUGGUUACUCAUGCUUCUUAAACUGCUUUUCUGUGACCUAGUUUGGAGAACCACACGGUUCAUACUGAGUAAACAUACUGAGUAAAAUCUGUUAAUCACAUAAACUAUA